AGAAUCAUGAUGUGAAAAUGACAUUGACCUUCUAAAAAUUGAACCGAUAAAACAACUGCAGCAAGAACCUAAAGGGAAGCACAUUCGCUGGCGCCAGAAGCCGCCGCGUGAUCCCUUCACCGCUGGCCGUCGUCGGAGAGACCAACCGAACAUCAUUAUUGCCGUGAAAUGGUCGGAGUCGAGAGACAAAAUUUCAACGCUCGCGAAUCAAUCAAAGCUCAAAGCUCGUUCAACAAUUAUCCCAAGUGGAAACAUAAGCUCCGCGAAAAUUGUUACACGAGGGUUCAGGAGGAUCGAACCCGCUUGCUUUGGAAACUGAGAUCUACACAGGCCAAAGAACACCAGGAAUUUGUAAAAUCAACCUUCCGGGACAUAGUUUCAGAUGAGUUGCAGAAAGUUAAGGUGAUUGCGAGGAAAUGUUGUUGGAGAUGCAAAGAAUAUUCUACAAGGAUGUUCGUGAGAGAGAAACAAGAACAGAAGAAGGCUGUAGUGCAAGCUGGGAAGAUGAAGAAGAUGAGUACCUGGCCCGUGCAGUUUAUGACAAUAUGAAACUAAAUGAUGAGCAGGUGGCGAAUGUGGUUUGGUGCCCAAUCUGCAAGCAGGGAGAGCUGAAAGAGACCAUUCAUCUAAUUAGUUGCACUCAGUGUGGAAUUAGACUCGAAAGAUGUGAUGAGGUUAAUCUGGAGGUACUGCGGAACAGGUUA